AUGCCGAAGCAGGGGCACCGCCAGCCGCUCGCGGCCCGCGCGCUGCGGGGCGCGGGGCUUAUGGACGAUAUGUCGAUGCCGCUGGACGACGAAGGCGGUGCGGGUACUGGGCUCACGCGUGCACAGCGCCGCAAGAUGGCGCGUGCGGCGGCUGACCCCGUGGGCCGGCGCGGCGGCGGGCGCCGCGCGGUGAAUGUGAAUGCGGGCGCGCGGCCCGCGAAUGUGCGGCCGGGCGCGUCGCUCGGCGCCCACACGAUCGGGCGCGGCGCGCGUGGCGCGGCGGACGUGGCGCCGACGACGAAUGUCGUGGCGACGCUGCGGCGCUUCCUGGCGUCGCGCUGGGAUGCGGGCGCGGGCCUACUGAACCUCGCGCAGAUGGCCGACGACCCGAUCCUUGCCGAGGCGAACAUCCGCGCGCCGGGCGCGCCGGGCGCGCACCGCGACCUGGGCACGGCGCUGUGGAAGCUGAGUGGCGAGAUGUUCCCGACGCUCACGACGCUCUCGCUCGCGGGCAAUGCGUGGACGUCGCUGCAGCCGCUCACGACGCUCGGGCAGUACGUGCCGUCGCUCGCGAACCUGUCGCUGGAGCGCAACGGGCUGCGCUGGGUGCGUGACCUGGACGUGCUGGCGUCCAAGAAGCACGGGCUACCGAACCUGCGCGAGCUCGUGCUGCUGGGCAACCCGGUGCAGACGACGGCGCUCGAGAGCAGCAACGAGGACGGCUACCGCCGCGACGUGCUCGCCAAGUUCCCCGACCUGCACAUCCUCGAUAUGAAGCCCGUGACGGACGUGGAGAAGGGCUUCGCGCAGCUGUUCCGCGGGCGCAGCCGCGCGCGCGCGGGCCCCGAGGCGGCGCAGGUGCCGCUGCGGCGCUUCCCGCUGCAGGUGCGCGCGGGCUUCGUCGAUGGGGACGCCGCGCAGGUCGUGCCCGAGUUUCUCUCGCACUUUUUCGCGGCGUACGACGACGACCGCGCGCGCCUCGCGCCCGUGUACAGUGCGAAUGCGCGCUUCUCGUACAGCAUCAAUGCGAGCCCGCCGCCGCGCGCGCGUGCGGAGCGCCUGGUGCACACCAUGCCGCACCAGAAAGACCUCACGUUCGACAAGUACAUGGACCUGGGCUCGCGCAACAUCCUGCGCACGCACAACACCAAGUCGCUCAUGCGCAGCCUGCACCAUGGGAGCGACGCGAUCGUCGCGUUCCUGCAGCGCCUCCCGCCGACGAAGCACCCGCUGACUGAUGCGACGCGCUUUGUCGUCGAUGCGUGGCUGCUCCCGAACGUCGACGUGCGGGCGCAAACGAGCGCGACAGAGCGCCCCGACGCGCUCCUCUUCAUCAGCGUGCACGGCGAGUUUACGGAGCUGCCGUCGCAGGGCGUGCGCUCGUUCGACCGCGCGUUCAUCGUUGCGCCCGCCGCGCCGCUGACGCACGCCGCGCAGCAGGGCUGGCCGUGCGUGAUUGUGAGCGACGUGCUGACGCUGCGCCACUACUCGCGCGCGGCCGCCUUCCAGCCGGACGCGCUGCCGACCGGCGACGCGGCGCCCGCGCCGGGCCUCACACCCGAGCAGCACGGCCUCGCGCUGCAGCUCGCCGCGCAGACGCGCCUCACGUACCCGUUUGCGGUGCAGUGCCUGAGCGAGAACGCGUGGGACAUGCCGCGCGCGCUCGCCAACUUUGCCGCGCUGCAGGCGGCCGGCACGAUCCCGGCGGAAGCAUUUGCUACAUAG